CAGUUCUUAGAGGAAAUCAAUAUUGUACAGGAAAGCCGACAAAGAUCCCCAGUAUCAUGGAGUUCAGGGUGCAAGUUUCUUAUGGCAAGAAAGUUUGACCUCAAAAGAGCAAUUGAUUUGUUUUUUGCACAUGAGGUAAUAUAAAUGCUAAAGAAUUAACCAAUAUUCCCAUAAUGUUAUUUUUUUAAUGUAUAAAAUAAGAUACUGCUGACAUUGCCUAAAACUUUCUGUGUAUUUCUUGUCACAAGUCCACACGAGAAAAAGAAGACCUACUUUCAAUCGAUGCACAUGAUCAGUAUCUUCAAAAGGAAUUGAUUACUGAAAAAUUUACAUUACUGGUAUGUAUUGUGAAUUAAGUAUAUAUACUAUAUCUUUGAAGUUAUGAGGUGUAGAUUACAAAGGAUCCAUAGGGAUUUAGAAAAGAAAGAAACUUAGCAGUUAAUUUAAUUAAAAAUUAUUGCCCGGACUUUAUUUGAUUGAUAAAUUUAUCGUUCAUUAAAAACAAAUAUAGAUAAACCAGUUAAUAAGGUUUUAGAUAAAAGUAAGUCAUAGGGUUAUUUCAUAUAUGCCACAUUUUGACUUAAUAUUAUACCCAUGUAAGUCUACCAAUAUAUACCUCAAAUCUACGAUUUUCUUUCAGCCAGGCAGAGACAACACUGGAGCAGCAGUGGCCUUGUUCUCUGCUCGACUUCAUUAUCCUCCACACACGACACACCAGGUAGUGCUCAAGUCACUUAUCUACCAACUGGAUGCUGCCUUAGAGAGGUUUGACAAAAUAGCUUUGACUUGAUACAUAAGAUUGGUUUAAAAACUGUUUGAAUCUUACAAUUUUGUCAAAUUAAAGUUAGAGAAAAACACAUUUUUUGCAACAAAAAACUUACUCUUGGAUAUUAAUUCCUAUCACAUGCAUAAUUAGUUUAGCUCCUUUUGUCAUUUAGCAAUGAAUUGUAUGGGCAUAAAAUAGUUUUUUUUAUUUUAUUGAUACGAAAUUCAAUAUCUUUUUUUUUUCAGCAUUGAAACUCAGCGUCAUGGACUUGUGUUUAUUUAUGAUAUGACAGAUUCCAAAUAUGCCAACUUUGACUAUGAUCUCAGUAUUAAAAUCCUUAAUCUAUUAAAAGUAAGACUGUGAUGGUUUAAUAUUUUCUAAAUACACUUGUUUUAAUAUUAGCUCAAUAAUUAGGUUCACACUCAUUUUUGCAUAUAAUUAAUUUAUGAUUGAACACCAUUUUGUGCAUAGAUUUUGUCAUAAACAUAUACAAUAAACAUUGUUAAUUAAGUAUAAAGAAUCUCACAUUUUUAUUUUUUUAUGACGCAAUAUAGUUGUAAUAAAUGGCUGCGUCUGUGCCAUUCCACUGUACAUAUUAUUCAACUCCUCAGGGCGCUUAUCCAGCCAGAUUGAAACGGGUGUUGAUUGUUACAGCCCCACUGUGGUUUAAGGCCCCAUUUAAAAUACUGAGGCUUUUUGUGAAGGAAAAGUUGAGAGACAGGGUAAAAGGCUACAUGUAUUUACAUUCCAUCUCAUAGCGCUUUUUUAAAUGUAAAGCAAGUGAACAUGAUAGUGCAUUCUCUGCAUUGACUGAGACUCUUAUGGUUGUGCUUUUAAUAUAAAGUGAAAUAGAAGUUAGAUUGCCAGAAGAUACCUACCACUCUUUCACCUAUUUAAAUAAAACGAAAUAAAAAAUUUUUUAAAAUAACACCAUGGUCUUAAAAUAUAAGAUAUUGUUAGCCAUUUUCUAAAUUUGAAAAUUAAUUGCUUGAAAAAAGUUGUUUACCAUUGUCAACAUUUGAAGGCAUUUUAAAAAUGUUGACAAUUUCAGCUUCUUCUUUAAGUUUUGUUGACUGCCUUCAAAAAGAAUUACAUUUUAAAUAAAACUCUCAGCUGGUCUGUGAUUUAUAAAUAUGUGAUUUUAUAUAUAUAUAUAUAUAUAUAUAAAUUUUUCAGGUUUAUACAGUAAAUGUAUCAGAACUGACUGCCUACGUCCCUAAAGAAACUCUACCUAUCCAGCUAGGAGGCAACCAGGAACCAUGUCACAGAGUCUGGCUACAAAUGUGCUACCUCUGUGCCACUAACCAACAACCAGAACUCAGUGAAUACUUCACCGCAUGUGAUUCCAGUUCAUGUGCGGCACGUCGAUCUAUGUCCCGUAGCAUAUCAACUGACAUUGAUAAUCAUAUUAGUGAUUUUGACUCUGAGAGUUCAAAAGACACAGUUAAUGAGAAACACACAAACGAGGAUAGAGAGAAAGAGAAGGAAGACUCUGACGACAUGGAUCAAAAAGAUGGAGAAACUGGUGACCGUUCAGUUAUAAGUAAAGACAAUUCGGCCAACAGAAAGCGUAAGACAUCAGAAUCUCGGAAAAGGAGUUCAGAUCUGUCUGCUCUCAGUGAAUCGGCAACAGAUGGCAUGCCUUGUAAGAAGCGACCGCCAUCGUCUGGCUCCAACAUCCUGGAUGACUCAAUUCAUAUGCCAGAUAGUACUGGGACAACUGUUCAGGAACUUCUCUCAAAAGUCAAUACUUUAAAGCGAAAAGGCCUGUUUGCUGAAUAUGCUUCAAUCAAAAUGGAAGCCCCAACAGGAACUUUCAAUACUUCCAAGUAAAUAACUAGAGAGUAUUAAAUAUUGUGGAAUAGAUAAGUUUUACAGUUAACAGACUUAUUCUGGUAUGGACUAAAAUGUUUACAUAGUAUUAAAAUCAGAACUGCCUGGCAACAGAUUGUAAUUGCUAGUGUUUUUAAGAGUGCAAUAAAUGAAAGAUGUCAAUAUUUUAAAGAACUUCAAUUCUUUAAUCAUUUUAAUAUUUAAAAUGAAGUUUUACAUUUUGUUGAUGCAGAGGACUGCAAUUAUACCAAAACAAAAAUCAAGUUUUUCUCCCCUAGAUAUGAAUGUAAAUAAAGCAUCUGCCUUUCACAUGUAACACUAGUAACAGAUGGAUUUGCAUAUCUACUAGCUGAUUUUGCAUUGGGAUCAGGCUUGAAAAGUUUUCAAAGUUAAACUUGUGAAAACUAAUGAAAAAUUGUUUUCAGUUUUUUUUUAUUUUUUAUUUAUGCCUUAUAAUCAGUAGAAAAAAGAUUAAAGUUUCAUUUAUUUGGUAUGACCUAAAAUUGUAGGGCAGCAGCUUCUUAUAGGAGCCAGAAUGAUCAAUAAAUUGAUUGUGGGCCGUCAAAAUAUAGAAGAAGAUAUAUAUACAUGUAGACCCUAAAUGCUUGACCUGAAUUCUACAAACUGAAUUACAGAAUAAAUAUUUUAAAAUAUAACUUGGAAUUUCAACAGAAGCACUCUAAUGAGUAGACGCCAUAAUGAUUGAACUCUUCCUCAUAACAUAUUCAAAUGAAAUUGACAUGACCAUUAUGGGAAGAAACCAUACAUAUUUCUUAAAAGAGUAAAACAAAGUCACAGAGUGUUUAAAUUUUCUUAACACCGCUGGUUGUGAGCACUUUAAAAGUUGUUUUUUGUCCCCCUGUUUCCUGUAUUAUUUGCUUUUGUAAUUAGACUUUGUCUGCAUCAACAGGAUCAAAGCUAACCUCCCUAAGAACAGAUAUACAGAUGUGCUUUGUUAUGAUCACAGUCGGGUUGUCCUUCCAGUAUCUGAUGAUGACGACCCAACAUCAGACUACAUCAAUGCUAACUAUGUUGACGGUUACAUGCAGAAAAAUGCUUUUAUUUCAACACAAGGUUUGUCCUUUUUUAAAGAGCUUUUUGACUGUUUGUUUAAGGUUUGAGAUAUGCAAUUCUAGGCUUUGAGUUUUAAUAAAGGACACUUGAAAACUCAAGCAUUUAGCUCUAAACAAAAGAAUACCUUUGCAUUGAGUAAUUUUUUAAAUUGUAUUUUUAAUUUUCAUAUUAUACAAUUUGUUUUAGUCCUAUUAUUCCAGGGUCUAAUAUUAUUAUAGAAGUUAAAAAUGGCUCAAUAAUUUUCUUUUUUAUCAUGUGAUAUGGUCAUUUUAAGAAAAAUCACUGUUAAAUUUCUUCACCAAAGAAAUCUUUUUCCAAUACAGGACCACUUCCAAAAACGUUUGUUGAUUUUUGGAGAAUGGUUUGGCAUAAUCAAUGUCGCGUUAUUGUAAUGACAACAAGGUAAGUUUCAUAAAACCUGGUGCUUUUUUAAAUCUGUUGCUAAUUAUUUACAAUAGUUUGCUUAGAACAUUCUUUUUUCUGCAGCUAAAAUUUUUUCUAUUUUUAAUGGAUAAUACUUGUAAGUAUGUAGAAAUUAAGUAGGACAUCUUUUUAUUGAAAACUUAAAAUAAAAUUUUAUACUGGUGUCAAUGUCACUUCAAAAAAUUUCACUUUUUUCCCAAUAUAUACCAAAAUUUCCUCUUAUUUUGCCUUAUCCCCAAUGAAACAUUUAGAUUAAAAAUAUCAUGUCAAAACAAUAAUAUCCUGUAAAAUCAUGCCAUGCCUAUAAACUAAAUGUAUAUGGGUGAGCGAAAAAAAGAAUUUGAGUUACUAAUAUCCACACGUUUUCUUGCAAAGAAGUACCUUGUUACUUUUUUUUGAUGUCCUUCACAUUUGAAAACUUAUUCUUAAAUUUCAUCAGAACAAUAGAAAGGUCAAGAAUGAAAUGUGGUCAAUACUGGCCAAGUGAAGAACAGACAGAUGAGCAGUUUGAAGAAUUCAUUGUCUUUAAUAAUGGCAUCAUAGAAAAUGAUGAUUACACCGAGACCAUUCUCAUGCUUCACAACACAAAUGUAAGUCUGUCUAUUGAUUCAAGACUGGGGUUUAAUUUCAAUAAAAUAGUUAAUGCAUUAAACUUAGUUUCAGAUGCAUAUGUUUUUGUUGCUGUGCAGUGAACUUUUAUGGUGAGGAUAGUUAAUCAUAUGUAAAAUCAAAGUAAAAAAUGUUCCACUGUUCAAAAUGUAUCCAAAAUCAUAUUAAUUUUAAUACAGAUUUAUCUGACUAAUAUUUGAACUGAUUAAAUAUAGAUUUAAAAUUCAAGAAAAUGAAAUAAGUGGACAUGCUUUUAAAAACAGUCAUUCAAUUAUGUCAUUCAAUCAUUGGAUUGCUUGCAAGUUUUAUCAUAUUGUGGAUGAUUUACUUGAAGUUUCUGUGCAUUCCAUUGAAAGUGUGUUAGAAGCUAUCUUAUUUAUCAUGGACUUUUAUAAUCCAUUCUGAUCCUGAUCCUUAUUAUACAUUGUUUUGUUGUUGACAAUUCAUAAACUUAACUAAGCAUUUCAAUAUAAUGAUAUCUAUUACAAAUUCAUCACAUAUCAUCCCAUCUCUGUACUUAAAUACUCUCUACAAAGUCUUCUCCAAAUCAUUGUAUUAGAAAAUUUUAGUUUUACUUGUUAUUUACUAAACCUGAAGAUACUUAAAAACAUUUUUUUUUUGUUUUGUCCCUAAAGACAGGAGAAAAUUGCCAGAUCACACACUUGCAAUUCACAAGUUGGCCAGAUUAUGGGGUGCCUCCGGCUGCUCCAUUUUUAGACUUUUUAUUUCGCGUUCGAAAUAUUCAGGAGGCUGCCACAAAAGAAAUGGGUGGUGCCUGGACUGGUCACCCAUUAGGGCCCCCUAUUGUUGUUCACUGCAGUGCUGGAAUAGGGCGCACUGGUAUGUACCAUCAAUCAGCUUAGUUCUAUAUAGAAAUAAAAAUAUUUUCAUAUAAAUUAACAAAGUGUUUUCUAAAUUAAGCUUUAUUAUGUUAAAUUAAUAUUAAUUUCAUUUUUGUUAAUAAUUUGUCAUUUAAGGAUAGAACUGUAUUUUUAAGACAUUAGGUCCUUUCAAUCACUUAGCUAAAUACAUUUAGAUUGCUACUUGUUAAAAACACGCAGCUGAGCUGUAAGAAAGUUCUGGAAUUCGACUUAUAAACUCCUCCAUUAACAUGAACAGAGAUGUUCGUAUUAGUUUUACUACGGUCUAUGCAACUGUGAGCUUGGUUUUGUUUUCAUUGUGAAAAUACUACUCCCACUGCUCUAUAUUUUAACCUUUUUUCAUCUAGUUAAGGCAUCUUUUUAUAAAUGAUAACAUUGAUUUCUAAGUUACAAUACUGUGCAUCCACUACCCAUUGUUUAUACGUAUAAAUGGUUUAUUUCAUAAUUUAUCAUUUUAAAAAUUCUUUGAUUUUUUAAAAAUUUCAUCUCAGGUUAAUAAAAAUAAGAAAUGUCAAAAUUUGUUUAAAAUAAAAAUCAUUUAACACUUCUAAGUAGAGGCCAACCCAAUUUCGAUUUCAGCGCCGAAAAUUGCCAUUUGAUCACUUUCAGUUUAGUUUUGGUUUCGGCUGAAACAGAAGGUUGACUUUCGGUUUAUUUUCAAUUUCUUUCAAAGUAAUUGAGGCUUUCAGCCAUCUACCAGAAGUCAGACUGGCACUCUGCCAGUCUGUUGGCUGGCAAUCCAAUAUUCAUUAUUGUUUGAAGUCUUGCUGUCAAUGUAUGAUACAUGACGAAUCCUCUGUGAACACUGCUCACAGCAGCUUGAUGACCUACUUGUUCAAUAUUUCCAAAAAUACAAUUAGGCUUAGGCUAAGGUAAAGAGUUUAGUGGCGAAAAAAAACUAAGGGAAUGAUAAUAUUAUAUUAUUAUUGUUGUUUUAAUUUUUUUUCAAAAAUAGAAUUUGAGAACCCUAGGUUUUUAACAAUAUAAUAUUUAUUAUCAGUUUUUUCAUUUGUGAAAUUUAUUUUGAAUUAUAAUUAUCAUUCUCAUAAACAGACAAAGGGGGCUGUUCAUUAAUUAAGUCAAAAAUUUAUUAAGCAACUUUUGACCCCCCUGUGAACAACUGUCAAACUUUCAAUGACCCCCCCCCCCCUAAAUAAUUAUGUCAACAUUUUUAUAACACCACCCCUAAAACAAUGAAUUAAAAUAAAAAUAAAUAUAUAAUUUUAAUUACAUUUUGCUUUGGGCUGAUCAAACUUAUAUACUUAUAUACCAGACAAGUCAACAUCAUCCUCAUCUAACCAUUCAGCACUUAAAAUAGAAGCAUUGUCAAUGUGAGCAAUAAUUGCCAUAAGCUCUCUCUUUCUCCUGGCAGCUACUUGCAUUAGUCGAAAUCCUUUUUUGUUGUGUUGAGGGGCAGGUGGUAAUUUCUUAUGCUCACAAGCGCAAAAGUGCUUUUCAAGAAGCCAUGUUAUUAUUGUUACUCGCGUAAAUUUCCCCUAAUUCUCAAAAUAUUGUGUUCUUUCUAUAUCAAUAUCAUUUAUCUUGACUGCACAUGUCACUUGAACCUUGUUCUUGUUCCAUACCUGCAACAUGAUUGCAAACAUACCGCCCUAAUCAUUUACGACAAACAGAAUCUACAUGCGAAGAAAGGCCAACUUUUGACUUCUCUUGCACUAAGAAAGUGUGCUAACAUUCAGACCAGCUAUCAGCAGUGUACAAACAGACACACGUUAAAUAAAUAUUAUAUUGUUAAAAGCCUAAAAUAUAUAUAUAUAACUAUUUAUACUCAUCAAAUUUGUUACAAUAAUGUAAUGACCACUUAAUUUUUAAGAUUGAAAUUUUAAAAAAGAAAACAUGAUUGUUGACGUCAACUAAUCUAACCCCCCCCCCCACCAACAAACCCUACCCUAUUUUGUUUACAUAAUUAAUGGACGACUUUAAGGUGAAUAGUAUUUUUUUAAAUCCUUGCGAAUAGUAACAUUUUCAUUAUUAUUUUUAUUUUAAAUUAUUUUUUUUUAAAUUAAGGAUACUUAGUCCUAUUCAUUCGUACAUUUAUUUAAAUUCAUCAUUAUCAUGCUGAUAAACGUCAUUAACGAAAUAAAGUAUUAAAAUAUUCCACAAAACUAGUCAUCUCUAUGGAGACAGAUGUAAAGGAAGAGAAUAAUGAAACCUUUAAUAAUAUUAAAAAAUAUAAAAAUUGUAUUCAAUUUUUGUAUAACUAAGCUUAAAAUGGCCUUUAAUUUAAAUCAUAAGCUUACACAUACAUGUGCAUGUAUCAAUGUUUCUAUAAUAAUUAUGUAGUAGGCCUACUGUAUUAUCAUACUAAACAUAGCUCGUAGCUCAAAAUUCAUUCAACUUUUGCCUUAUAUGGCUCAAAUCCAAAAUAAGCAGAUAAAUGAUAAUUACAGGCAAAUGAAAUGUUUAAAUGUCGACCAUUAAGAACGUUUUUCAAUGAAAAUGUAUGGGUUAGUGAAACAAAGCUUUCCUGAACCUCCUUCUGGAAAUUUUAGUGGCACAUACCAAUUAACAAUACCUUCAGCUAAGCUUUCGAUCGAUAUCAAAAAUGUCUUGGUAAUUAUAUUAUAAAAGCAAAGGGCGCCCAAGGGUCUAUUUUACAUGAAUUUUGUCCUCCACCCAAGUCUAAAUUUUCUCUUACUUAAAUUACUUUUUAAUUCAUAUGGUAAAAGCCGAAGAAUUCAUCAGAUGUUUAUCUAUUAAAAUUCACAAUGAUCUCAUUGUGAAAUAAAAGUUAUAUAAGAGCUGCUCUUUUAGCCCAAUAUCAUUUUUAACUUCAGUAUUUUUGUGAAUAGGGGGGGGGGGGGNGGGGGGGGGGGGGGGGGGGGGGGGGGGGGGGGGGGGGGGUAUUGCUGAAAUCAGAAAAUCACAUUCGUUCUGUGUCUAAGCACAGCAGAGACAGCAUUAAUAAAACCCAUAACAUGGGACAACACAAGGCCACAGACGGAUUGGCUGUAUUUAAGAAUUAUCUGUUUACUUACUAUUUUAUAUGGCAUUUUAGAUUCCACUGAAAUUACAUCUAUGCAACUUAUAAUAUAGAACUUCCACUUUCUUGAUUGUUAUCAGUGGUACUAUUGACAGUAGGUACAUUUAUAUAUUAUAUAUAUGUGGGUGUUUAUGUAUGCAUAAAUAUGUUAAAAACAAUUUUUAUCUACUAGGAACAUUUAUUACUGUGGACAUCUGCUUACGUCGUCUUGAACAUGUGGGUACUGUUGAUGUGAAGGAGACAGUCAGAAGAAUAAGGUCACAGAGAGCAUUCUCCAUACAAAUGCCUGACCAGUAUGUCUUCUGCCAUCAGGCUGUCAUAGAGCAGGCACAGCGUCAGGGACUGUUGAACAGUUUGGAGGCUAUAACACUAGGAGGAAGUGAUAGUGAUAGUGAUUGAACACUGAUCGGA